ACCAAACCACUCAUUUCACUUUCUUUCCUUCCUACAAACUCUCCAAUUUUCUUUCUUUUUCCUUUUUACCUUUUUUUUUUCUUUUCCAUUUUCAAACACCAUUCUUCUAAUUUUAACUCUUUUCUUGACAGUUCAUUGCCAUUAAUCACAUUCUCCCACUUGUUCAUUCCUAUCUAUGUUCUUCCUAACUACUUUAUUUAUGUGAAAAAACCCCUCUUUGUUGAAAAAUCAAGAACCCAACUUUAUAGUUAACAUUUUUUUUUUCUUUUCCUAAAAAAUUGUGAGAAUAUAUAGCAUAAAGAUAUCUUAUCUUGUGUUUGGUAAGAAAGAAAGGAGAAAAAAAUAAGAUGUCUGGUACUGUUAGUGGGGUUCUUAUCCCCUUUCUAUUCUUUGUGUUAGUUAUGAGUACUCAUGCUGCCCCAAUUUCACAAGCAAAAGGGUCUGAGAUGGUGCCUCUAAUUGAGCCAGGGAAGGCAGAGAAAAUGAUGAUAAUGCUGAAUAACACAAGGAGGAAGCUUGGGAGUUUUCAGAUUUGUGCACUUUGCACUUGCUGUGGUGGGGCUAAAGCAGUAUGCUUGCCUACUCCUUGUUGCUAUGCUAUCAAUUGCAACAUACCAAACAGGCCUUUUGGUUACUGUUCUUUCACUCCCAAAACUUGUAAUUGUUUUGGAUGCCAUUACUAAAUCCACAAGAAAUCAAAAAGUACCUCUCUUUCUUUAAAAGAAAAGAAGGAGAAAGGGAAGGAAAAAGUCAAAUUAGAUCUUUUUUUGGGUCUUUGAUUUGUGUUUCUGUGAGUCUGAAAGGGGAGAGGAAUAUCUGUUCUUAGAUUUGAUUUGUUUAUAAUUGUUUGAAGGACAGCUAUUUCCAGGUAAUCUUUUGCUACUUCAUGAUGGGAUUUGUGCCCUUAGCAGUAGUGUUAAGUUUUUUACUCUUUCAGUAAUGAAGAAAAUGUGAUUCUUUUUCUAAGUUGCAAAAAACUUGGAUGAAGUACUAGUUUCAGAUUGAAGUAUAAUACAUAUAUCCAUUGUGUUUCUCUCUCUCUUAA